AUGGAUAUUCCUCACACAGUCUCGAAAUCGGACAUUUCCUAUAUAUCAACAGCCUCGGCUCCAUCCCUACGCGCCAGGGACUCAGUAGCGACCAUGGCUUCUGCACGACCUUCUUAUCUGGCUGGCGAAGAGGGACAGGGCAACGUCAAGGUCGUUGUCAGAGUGCGCAAGUUCUUGCCUCGAGGUAUGCGCACUACACACUUCACUUGCCAAGCGGAAGGCUGA